CAAAUCACGGAACAUUCAAGACAAGCGAUUCUAACCCGGGUGUAGAUGAUGUAGUGCAGAUUGUACGACUAUGUGAGAUGUGUGUAUCAUUUUAAUGAAGGAAUGUGCUCUGGACUAGAACACUGCAUAUUAGGACUGAAGAUACUGUGUUAGAUUGCAUUAAUAGGGUCACAGCGUCUUCACAAAGUGCGUGUCGGGCUGUCACAAAGAAGUUUUUCAUUUAGAUCUUCCCAAUACUUCAGGAAGGAUGUAAAUGUGCAAGAAGUGAAUCAGAAAUAGACUUUCACUGGAACUUGAAGCGUUGAAUUCUGUACGUAAAUGGAUUAAUUAAACAAUCUGCGACUCCGAAACUGAAGGACAAACUAAAUGUGGAGACACCUGACAGCGACAGCACAUUUUCUGUUCUAGACAUCCCAGCAUGCCAUGGUACUACGACUUAUGCAGCUUCAGAAAAAAGGUAAAUUUUCUGUGGCAUCCUUCAUAUUAAUACUUCUGAUUGUUUGCCUGUUGCAAACCUUGGGCAACCUCUGGAGCAAUGAUCUGCUUGAGGACGUCCACAGGCCCAUACUCUCUUCAAGGGAAGACACUCUGCACAGCUUCCCUUCCAGCCACAGACAACUCUUCCACGUUUUCGACUGGCAGCAUUUCUCUCUCCCGGAGAGGUUCAAAGUCGUGGACCUUCGCACCGACCGAAGGCUUGAGUGGACCCCGGACACCGCCAGCUACACGUGCGUGAAGAGCAAGACUUCGCCUUCCUUUACCGCGUGCCUGUACCCUCCGGAGAAGGAUGUGUUCAUCUCCAGGUCCCUCCUCACCAGCGGCCUUUGGGAACCCUACAUCACCAAGGCAUUCUCUGUUGCGCUGGAAAGGUUCCCGCAAGCCACUGUCGUAGACGUCGGCGCAAACAUAGGGUACUACAGCCUUCUGGCCUCAGCGGCUGGCCACAGGGUGGUCGCCCUGGAGCCACAGGACGAGAACAUCAAACGGUUCCUAGCCGGAGUUCGCGCUGAGCCUUGGCAGGACAACAUUGUGCUGCUGGCCAACGCCUUGUCUGACCGACAUUGGAAUGUUAGCCUAUCUACCAAUGAAGACAACCAAGGCGGGAUACACGUCCUAGAGAACUGUGGCCACAUAUGGACAAAAAGUGGCCAAAAUCAAUGCACAGUGGUCACCUUAACAUUGGAUGAUUUGUUGUAUGUAAUUACUACUAAAACUGCCAUCAUUAAAAUUGAUAUAGAAGGCUAUGAAUGCAAAGCAUUGGCCACAGCAUCAACAUUCUUCUCUGCUCUUCAAGUGCCUUAUAUUUUUAUGGAGUGGAGACAGAUGACAGACAAGAGACUCUUGCCUCAAACAGUUUGCCCAGCCCAGGACAUUGAUGCCCUAAGCCAUUUCUUUUCAGACAGAGGAUACAUCCCCCAUGAGAUUCGAUCAGGGAUAAAGUUAAAUCCCUAUCAGUCCAGUGCCUGGAAAAUUGGAGAUGUUUACUGGCGAGCCCAAGACCAGGAAUUGUUAGUUCCAUCAUUGUAAUAUGUAAUUCUUUAUUGAUAGGGCAGUUAUUAGGUAAACAACAAGUACUAUGGUAACAAAUAUACAAACAUUAACUUAGUGACAGUAAAAAUAGAAAACUUCAAGUUAAUGAAGUAGAACAGGGGAAUUAUUGAUAUUGUAACAUAACUCUUAGUCCUUUAGAAUACUUUAGUCAACUUGAGUAUAUCUGACGACAAGGACUCACUGUCAAUAUUAAACUCUGUUACAGUAGUAUAAAUGUUUAGAACAUUAAUUGUUUCUUUUAAACUCUAGCACAUAGAUCUUUCUUUCUAUAUAUGCCUCCUUCAGUUUUAGAACGACUAUGUUCAUCUCACAGAAACAAGAUGAAAGCCUGGGCAUUAGCUAUGGUCAGAACAAUGUUGGCCACACAGCAGUUUCUCCCUCUCUAAGUACCUGAUGUGUCCAAUUGAACGACAAAUGUCCAAUUCAGUUUGGGAUCAGUAGCGCCCCAGGUUGUAGUAAUGUACAUCUAUAUACAUAGAUUACUUUUUAAAAGAGUACAUUACGGAUAUGAAUAACUAAUGUUUUUUUUU